UAUAUAUAGAAUACGUAUGCAUUUCAUACGCUUUAAAGUAAACUGCAAACUGGGGAGAAAAAGCUUUUUAACUCGUUCCAUGUAUUUCGAUCAAUGUUCGAUGAAUUCCAUCUAUGACAAAUCCUUUAAAACGAUGUGCCAACGUAGGUCGCAAAUAAUUGGGAUCUUUGCAUGGCGUGAUGAGAAUUUUUUCCGCGAAAAGACCUCUUUUUCUUCAUCCGAGGUCGAUUGGCUAGAGGCUUUUUAAUUUUCCGAAGUUUUGCUGCUGUAGGAGUAGCUGCGCGAGAGGAUUGCGUUUCUAAUUUGGUACGGGGACGUAAAAAAUAACACUGAGAAUUGUAAAGGCUAUCCAUUAUUUCAUAAAAAACAAAUGACAAAUCGACAGGUCUAUGAUCAGAUCCGUAGGAAUAGAUAGCAUCGUACAGCAACGCCCAUAUCGAACGCAUGACAGACGAUGUUGUACCAUUUGCUGCCUGCUGUCAACGGUGGACAGAUGUCAAAUUUGAUGACUGUAACUCGCGUGACUGCUCGUAUCUCGUAUGCAACGACAUGUAAUGCCCUCGUGUGGGAGAUGUAAUGCGCUUCGUAAAAUUCAUUUUUUUCAACGAUUGUGCGACAGCUGUGUAUGUGGUGGACAGGGUGUCUCAUUCUCAUUGUCAUCAUAAGACGAUCUACUCGAAACAGAACAAGUUUUAUUUGAAAUACUUCUUCAAAUAACCUAUUAUAUAUUCUAUAUAAUAUUCUACGUAGAAACAUAAGUCGAAAAUAUAGAAUAAGAUCUUCUUCUUCGAGACCCCGUUUUUGGCUAAUUCCGGACUGGACAGGAGAAAAUAAUCGGCAGGAAGUUAUUCUACGUGUAAAAGAAAGUCGAAAAUGUAGAGUAACAUUUCUUCGCAAGACGUUUUGUUUGCAAGAAAAAUCAAUUUGAAAAUUUAGUAUGCGCAUAUACAAUUCUUAACUAGACAUGUUUAAACCCUAUUUUCUUGAAGAAACCUUGAACUGACAAAUUUUAUUCCGCGUAGAAUAAUCGUCCUGCUGAUUGUACAUUCAUAUCCAAUCGAUAAUUACUAAUUAAUCAAGUUCAAGUACAUUAGUAUACGAAUGAUAAAAAUUAAUUGAUUUUGCCUUGAAAGUGUAUACUUCUUUGGGUUGUUUUAUUUAACAAUUUUAUAUUAUUAUUCGUCAUUUUUAGGUACUUCAUAUAGGUUGUCAAAUCGAUGUUAUGUGUCAGACGUCGUCAGAAACUCCUUAUAAAAAUGAAAAGCAACUAAAGUUCUUCAUUAGCAGGCACCAAGAAAUUAUUUUAUUUGCAGAGAAAAUUGAAAAGUUCUUUACUUAUAUAGCGCUUAGUCAACUUAUAACGAAUACCUUAAUUAUUUGUUGCUUGGGUUAUCUCAUAGUGCUUGUAAGUAAUUCUUCUUUAUUCGGAAUUAACUCCUCGUACGAAAAAAUGUCAUUCUGGAUUUUCGACAUAUUGAUUCGUGUAAAUUUAUCGCGUUUCAAACUGUACUACCAGCCGAAAACAUUCUACAUAUACAGUAUGUAUAAAAGAGGAUUAAGACAUUAUGUGUUACAGAUAAUACAUAUUGAGAAUGGAUUCCCUAUGUUCAUGAAAUGCGUUGUAUUCUAUAUCUCCGUUUGUUCGGAAGCAUUUGUAUAUUGCUUCGCUGGAGAGUACCUGAAUAUCAAGAGUAAAUUGAUUGCGGACACUGCAUAUGAAUUUCUUUGGUACGAUACACAUCCAAGCAAAAGCCGACUUUUAAUACCUGUGAUAUUAAGAUCUCAAAGAGGAUUUAGUUUCACUCUUGGGAAAUUUGCAAAUCUUUCCAUGUCAACCUUUGCGGCUGUAAGCUGUUUAUAAUAUGUGUUUUGAUAUAAUAUGUCAUUUGACAUUUCAUAAUACUUCCGAGAAGAUUGACGAUAAUUCGGCUGAAGAAAUAACAUUUUUUCUACUUUUAGAUUAUGAAAGCUUCAGGAUCGUACAUAUCGGUACUACUUGCAAUGACUUGAGAAAGAGAUUCGUAAAUACUAUGGAAUAGUUUAUCGUAAUUUACACAUCUUAAAUUAAUUAGUAAAAAAUUGUUAUAGUACAGGGAGGCACAAUAUGUCGUGUAUGUAAAAAUAAAGACAAAAGAAAAUGCUAAAUGUGGAAAAUUCAUAUGAAGAUCGCGGAAAAGAAACACGAUAAGUACAUUUCCGUUGAUUUUUUAUUUCAAUGCCACUAUAUAAUUGUUGAGAUAUGUA